CUAUCUAACCGCACUUGCCGGAAGUGCCUUUUCAGGAGUACUUGGCUGUUCUUGCAGCUCAGCUUUCCAUCUCUCCGCGCGACACUGUCAAAGAUGAAGAGAGAGAGAGAAACAUCAGUGAGACUCAUCAAUUGGCUGCCUCCUGCAUGCCCCACACUGGGAAUUGAGCCUGCAACCUGGUCAUGUAUCCCGAUCAGGAAUGGAACUGUGACCUCCUGAUUCAUAGGUCAAUAUUCAACCACUGAGCCAUGCCAGCCAGGCAAUUCUCAGCAACAUGCUUCUGAUUCAGCGUGUCCACUUAGCUAUAAAAAUACAUUAAUCAGAACUGCCUGGCAUCUUCCUGAGCAAGACUUCAUUAGGUCCCAGUAUGCUUCACUUCAUCCAGAAGUUUUCUCAAGCAUCUUCAAAGAUGCUGAAGUACUCUUUCACAGUUGGACUAGGAGCCAGCAGGAGAAUAGAAACACUUUCUCUCAAGGCAUGUCUCCAACAGAACUUUUCACCUUUGUUUCUAAGGCCUAGGCCUUUCUCAUCAUUUCCAGUGUGUAUGAGCAAAACACAAUACUAUCAUACUUCCCCAUGCAGCUUUAAGAAGAAGCAGAAGGAAGAAGUGCUUCCAGCCAGGCCACCAAAAACUAUCACGUACCUGCCUGACAGCCCAAAGCCAGCAUUAUACAUCUCUCUGGCGGGACUAAUCCCCUUCCUUGCUCCACCACUGAUCAUGGUGAUGAUGAAGACUUACAUCCCCGUAUUAGCUUUUACUCAGAUGGCUUAUGGAGCCAGUUUCCUAUCUUUCUUGGGAGGGAUCAGAUGGGGUUUUGUUCUGCCAGAAGGUAGUCCAGCCAAACCAGACUACCUCAAUUUAGCUAGUAGUACAGCUCCUGUCCUGUUUUCAUGGUUUGCCUUCCUUAUUUCUGAAAGGCUCAGUGAAGCUAUAGUCACAGUAAUAAUAGGUUUGGGGAUAGCAUUACAUAAUGAACUUUUUCUUUUGCCAGAUUAUCCCAAAUGGUUCAAAGCCUUGAGGAUAGUAGUCACUUUUGUGGCCUUUUUAUCGUUUGUAAUCACUUUAUUACUUAAAGAUAUUUAUCCAGAGAAAGGACCACAGAGACCUGGUCAAGUAGAAUAAAUAUAAAAAUACUCGGUAGAUGAUGUUAGCACGUUGGCUAUACAGCCUUGUAAGGUUGUUUUACAUAUCCUUUUUUUCUACUACUGUUUAGCUCUUUGUUUCCCACUAAUGGUAAUUUAGUCAUAUUUUUUCACUUCUAAAAAAUCUAUUUCAUAGGAAUGAUAUGAUCAACAGCUUGAAAAUCCCUAACAAGUCCUUUUUAUGUUAUAUUAGGUUAGAGUUCUCAUUCAGUCUUAGGAAUUAUAUAGUGGUCCACUCAUUUCAAAGUUUUAUUUUGAAAAAAAAAAAAAAGUAAAAUUAAAAGCAAAAGAUGAAAAAAAAUCCCUUUUGCUAGAGCCUAUGAUCAUUGAAAAACAUAUACUCUCCCAUUUCAAGAGGAAAACUUCAGUCCAUGAAUGUCUGAAAAUAAUAAGCGUUCCAGGGUAGAGUUUUCAUUGCAGCUGCCCCGGGGAUUGCAUCCCCAAGCUCAUUUUACCUGGUAUAACCUAGUUAUAUGAGCUGAGACGAUCUGUGGCUCUAAAGUCAUUUGGGAGUAGUGUCACAAGGGGAAGUCAUGUUUAAAGAGAAUCUGGACACUUUCCUAGUUUUUAUCAGGAUAUUUGGCAGAGUAUAGAUGCAACUUACCAUCAAAUAGAACACCAGCAGGUCAAAAUUAUUUAAAAGUUAAAGCCGUUAGUACAUAAAAUUAGGAAAAAUCAAGCUGGAGACAUCUUGAUAUUCUAAUGAAUAGGGCUAUCUAGUGUUACAUGUUAACUCCCAGAAAGCUUUUUCAAAACAGCAAAAAUAUCACCUUAGGAUUAUAAUUUGAAAACCUUGUCUUUUGAGAUUCUUAGUCUCAUAAAAAAGGAAUUUAUGUAAGAAUUAUUUCACCUGGUAUGUUAUCUUUGUAUAAGUAUUCAAAUAUCAAAUUUCAUAAGUAAAUUAUAUACAUAUGAUUUCCGUGCUAGUGGUUCUUUUAGUGAAGAGAUAAGAGUCUAGAUUGGUAGCCUGUUUACUUUCUUUUUUUUUUUUAAUAUAUUUUAUUGAUUUUUCACAGAGAGGAAGAGAGAGGGAUAGAGAGUUAGAAACAUCGAUGAUAGAGAAACAUCGAUCAGCUGCUUCUUGCACAACCCCUACUGGGGAUGUGCCCGCAACCAAGGUACAUGCCCUUGACCGGAAUCGAACCUGGGACCCUUCAGUCUGCAGGCCGACGCUCUAUCCACUGAGCCAAACCGGUUUCGGCGUGUUUACUUUCUUACACACCUGUUAUGUAUCGAAUUGUGUGUUGAAGUCUUAAUCCCCAGUAUUUAAAAAUGUGACCAUAUUUGGAGGUAGGGUCUUUACAGAGGUAGUAACGAUUAAAAUGAGGUCAUAAGAGUAGGCUAUAAUGUAAUAUUACUGGAAUUCUUAUGAUGGGAAAAUUUAGAGACAACAUGUAUACAGGGAGAAUGCCAUGUGAAUGUGAAGAUGGCUAUCUGUAUGUCUAGGAGUGAAGCCUGGAAUAGAUCCCUCCCUCUAAGCCUUCAGAAGGAACCAAUUCUACCAACACCUUGAGUCCAGACUUCCGGUCUCUGAAACUAUAAGACAAUAAAUUAUGUUUAAAUUUCUGUGCCUUGCUAGUGUGGCUCAAUGGUUGAGCAUCAACCCAUGCACCAAGAGGUCACCAGGUCAAUUUCUGAUCAGGGCACAUGACCAGGAUGUGGGUUUGAUCCCCAGUAGGGGACAUGUGGGAGGCAGCUUAUCAAUCUUUCUCAUUCAUGUUUCUAUCUCUCACUUCCUCUCUCUAAAAUCAAUAAAAACAUAUUUUUAAAAAUUUAUUUGGUACUUUGUUACAGCAGCACUAAGCACACAAAUAUAACACCACAGAGCUAGAACUUGUUUGGAUCAUUGUGAAGUAUACCAAUUAAAGCCUGUGGCUGAAACCACCACAUGAUCCUUUAUUAAGGUAGAGAACAGUUUACUAUAGCCUGAUAAUAAAGGAAAGAAAACUCAUACUCUUGCCCUAUCCGGUUUGGCUCAGUGGAUAGAACAUUGGCCUGCGGACUGAAGGGUCUGGGUUCGAUUCUGGCUAAGGGCACAUGCCCAGGUUGCAGGCUCCAUUCUCAGUAGGGGGUGUGCAGGAGGUAGCUGAUCAAUGAAUGAUUCUCUGAUGUUUCUAUCUCCCUUUUCCU